AUGGUGGGCAAAAAAAGUGGUUUCAUAAGUUUAUUUCAAACAGACGUAGGACAUUCAAUUCUUGAAUUCUACUACCUCAUUCACCAACAAGCCUUGUGUGCUAGGAGUGGUUUAACAUCUCUUGAUAAUGUAAUGGAGGUAGUUACAAAAAUAGUCAACCUCAUUUCGUCGCAGGCCGUUAAUAAGCGAAAGUUCGAUGCUUUGUUGGAGAAAGUCAACUUGGUGUAUAAUGGCUUACUGAUGUAUAAUAAUGUUCAUUGGUUGAGCAGCGGUAACGUACUUCAAAGAUUUAUUGAUUGCUUGGAAGGAAUCAGACUGUUUCUGCAAAAUGAGGGAAAAAUUGAACAAUACCCACAGUUGUUGGAUGUUAUGUGGCUCUCAAAAUUGAUGUUUUUAGCAGACAACAUAUGCCAGCGCUUCAAUGAAUUGAACGUGAAGCGAGAA